AUGGAAAGGGAUAAGCGGAAAAAAUCGAAGAUGCCUUGCCUUUUUGGAGGGAACGGAGACAAUCUCAAACGGAAAACUGUUCAACCUAGGUCCCAAAGUGGUGACAUCAUCGACCAUAAUUUGUUCACGUUUGAAAUAGGGCAAACCUCUUCUAAACAAAGUUAUGGGACACCCAUGAAGACAUUAUUAGCUAAAGAAAUGUUAAAUGAAACUUCAGCCAAAAAGCGAUCACCAAGUCUCAUAGCCAAGUUAAUGGGUCUAGAUGGACUACCAUCUCCUCAGUCUAUUCACAAGCAACAAAGAAAGUUAUCAGACAACAAAAGGAAUGAGAAGCCAUUAAGUCACCAGUUCAAUAAGAAGACCACAAUCGAACAACAACAAUUCAAAGAUGUUUAUGAAGAUCCAGAAGCAUCACAUGCAGGAAAUCAUCAUUAUCCAUCACCACUGAAUUCAAAAAGAAGGUCCACAAAACAGGAAUUCGGAUACAUCCAGGAAAGAUGCGAUGAAGUGCUCAGGGAAUCGAUUGCAUUCAAAAGUAAACUUGAAAGGGUUGACUCAAACUCGGACUUGAUGUUGACUUUUCUGCAAAAACCAGAUUCCUUAUUUGUUAAGCAUCUACACGAUCAACAAAGUAUCCCUCCUGCUUCUCUCUGCAACCAGAUAACUGUCUUGAAGCCAUCAAAUUCUGUCAUGCACGGUUCCAAAAAAGAAGAGAAAGAAACAUUAAUCUAUCGCCAUAGAAGAUCAUCUAGAAUUGUAGAAAGGAAAGACGAUAUUGCCCUUUCGCCAACAAGGAUCGUUGUCCUCAAACCAAAUCUUGCAAAAAUCCACAAUGAUAGAACUUAUGUUCUUCAUUCUCCUGAGAUGUAUAAAGGGCCAUUAGGUGAAGUGAGGUCAUCUAGACACAAGUCAAGAGAAGCUAGAGAGAUUGCAAAGCAAAUCACUAGUCAAAUGAAAGAAGGAUUUGAAUGUGGGGACAUAAACUUAUUUCAUUCUGGUUACAGAGGGUAUGAUGACAUGGAUGAAUUUGAUAGGCCCAGGCGUUCACCUAUGUCUGAAUCCUCUGUGAUUAGAGAAGAAAAAAAGAGAAUGUCUCAAAGAUGGAAAACUCAUGGAUAUAAAGAUGCAAACAUGAUUGGUAAAAGGUAG